AUGCUGUGGAGGACCAACUUCCUAUCGCUUCCGCGCCUCACAGAUAUCUUCAUCUUCAUCCAAUCCCUCUCGAAUGGAAGAAAUUCUCUUCAAUCCACCACCGGAAUCGCUGGAAGCCCACGGCAGACAAGGCCAAAGAUUAGAAAACGGGCAAGUGAUGCGACCCCUACUCCCCAUCUGGAUGGAUCCCUCCCCACGGUGAUCAGUCGCGGGGCGGGAUUCAAUGAGUCCAACAGGAUUGCCUCAACUGCUUUACAGGACAGGUCAUCGUCGUCGAAGCGCGUCAUGGCUCAACUAACGAACCGCAACCUCUACCCUCCGCGGAACCCAAUCACGAUGGCCCAAGUGACCAAGGCGCUGCAUACCUGUCUCGCGCUUCAGGAGACCGCGCGAACCGUCCACGGCAAGCGUCCGUUCUUUUCCAUCCUCCUCGCACCCGACAACGAGACCGUCCUCGCCAGCUGCCCCUCCAUCUCCCACAUUCGUCACUCGGAGACGGAACUCGCGCGCAUGGUUGCGGACCAGUUCUCGGAGGAGUAUCUCUGGCAGUGCACUAUGGUCGCCACGUGGGAGCCGUGUGCGAUGUGCGCGGGGACUCUGUACUGGGCGAACAUCGGGAGACUGGUGUAUGCGGCACCGGAGACGGAACUGAGGAAGCUGACAGGGGAGAACAACCCGGAGAACGUGGGACUGGACCUGCCGUGUCGCCACGUUCUGGGCAAGGGGCAGAAGGACAUAGAGGUCAUCGGGCCCGUUACCGAGGGCGGAUGGGACAAGAAGGUGGUGGAGGCCAGUGAUCGAUAUUGGCGACCCCGGCUGCAUGGAGAACAGCAUGCGUAA